AUGAAGAUGUGAUCAAAAAUUUAUUUAAAAACAGUAAACUGAAAUGAAAAACGUAAGUCGACAUGCCAAUCUCCGUUAAGAGGAAUUUUAUAUAACUUCGAAAAUGCGUGAAAUAAGCUUAGACGAGUUUUUGAUAAAUUGCAAUCCCAACCAUCUUGAAAGGCAUUCGGACAGCUCAGAUUUCGAGAGUCCACGUAAAAUUCCCAUCGUAGCUUCAAAAAGUGGCAACCACAGGCUUUUAAAUGGAAGAACUAGUCAUACUAAACAUAAUAUACAAUUAUUUCAUGACCACGCCAAUAUGACCUCCUUAGUAUAUAAUGCUGUGAAUAGAAACAAAAAGAAAACAGCUGAGAUCAGAAAACAAAAUAAAAAUUCAUCAUCAAUUAAUAAUAGAAAGGAAAAUGAAGAAACGAAAUCAGAUUACUUAUAUAAAAAAUUAACCCUGAAUAACAUUAACAAGAAUCAUGGAGACCAAAGUAGUGCAUAUUGUACAGAAAACGUUUAUUCAAAACAUAUUGUAACAAAUAAAGCUAUGCCAUGUUUAUCAACCAUCCUAAGACGUCGUAACUGUUGUACGAAGCACAUGUCAAUCGUUAAAGAAGAUCAAGCUGCAAGGAAUAUUACAAAAUGUUCUGAACGAGCUUCUUUUUCAAACUGUGAACGGCGACGUGUAAAACGGAGUCAUAAGCAUCGUAGAGGUUAUUCUGUUCAACCUGUUUAUAAUGUAGAGGAAAAUAUACAGAGAUUUCCAUUUACAUCAAACAACGCGCCAACAGCAGCCUUUCACGAAGACUCUAAAAACAAUGGCACUGACAUAAGUAAUGAUUUAAAUUUAUCAUCGACAUCUGAGCUCGAAAGUAUUAAUCCUAACAAGAACAAAAAGUUUCUGAAAAAGAAGAACAAUGUACGGGAAAACAUUCCGGGAUUUCUAUUAAUAACAAAUAAAGAUAAGACACUAUUAACUGAAUUUAGCGAAAUGUCAAAAAACAAUGGCACAGAUGUAAGUAAUGAUUUAAUCAUUUCAUCGAAAUCUGAUCUCGAAAAUAUAAAUCCACACAAGUUCAAAAAUUUUCUGAAAAAGAAGAAGAGGAAUGUAGUUAACAAUAUUCAAGGAUUUCCAUUUGUAGCAAAUAACGAUAAAGCAUUAUCUGAGUUUAACGAAAUAUUUAAAAAUAAUGGCACUGAUGUUAGUAAUGAUGUAAAUAUAUCAUCGAAAUCUGAAUUUGAAAACAUUAAGCCCUGUACAAUACAGCAAUACAAAAUGUUUCUGAAAAAGAUGAAAAAAAGCUUUGAAAAGGACAAAAUCAUUGAUAAUUUAAAAUAUGACCCUUUAAAGAAUCACGAACAACAAUAUCCUUCAAAAUUUCAAAUGAAACCCCUUCAAAUCUUCUCAACAUCAUCCUGUCAGGCGAAGUGUUCAGCGUGUGAAUCUGAAAGCUUUUUAAAAAUGCCUUCAAGCUCUUCGACAUUUUGGGACUUUUUUGCUCGUAAAAUGAAAAGCAAGAUUCAAAAACCAGGAAUAUCAAAAAGUUGUGAUUGCAUACAACCUCCUAAUAAGCCAAGCCACGAAUGUAAUCCUGAAAACUGUCAAAAUUAUGAUCUUCAAGGAAACACAGACUCUAAUACAGAUGAACGAAUUCUAAAUAAUCGUUGUCAUCCAAAUGAUCAAUAUUCGAGUCAAACUAGUAAUUCUUCAAAAAAGAAAAAUAAGGAACCAAAAGUUAUUUGCAAAUGUUAUCAAAAAAAAAAAAAAAGUAAUCGAUCAAAAAAUGAAACAAAACCCUGUCAAGAAGACCAUGACGCCAUAACCAAAGCUAUCUCCGAAAAAUAUAAUGGCGAAAUAUUAUGUAUUCACAAUCCACCUUGUAUUUUAAUCAACGGUUGUCUGAAUUUACCGCCUCCCAAAAGUAACGUUCAAGGCAACUUAUGGCCAGUAACGCAAAGCAAAAAGUCGAGCUUCGUCCAAAUGUGUCGAAAAAUUAAACGAUCCAGACACAAAAGUUACGAACAGGCGAGUCAGUAUCAUCCACCCUAUACUGACGUACAAGAGUAUUUACCAGAAUAUAAGACUGAAAAAAUAAUACAAAGUAUCUGCAAUCACGAACCGCCAUGCGAGGUUGUCCAUGGUUGCUACAAAGUACAAUACGAUCCCAAGUUACAGAGCUCGUGCGUACAUGUUCCUAUGUGUCAAUAUUUGCCGGUCUGUUUAUUAUCUGAUAAGAGUAAGGAGGUACCGACUGGAUCGUGUAUUCACUAUCCAAAAUGCACAAAGCUGCCAAUGUGCUCAAGAAAAUAUAUAACUCUAACGGCAAAAGAACAUGUCGGUACACAGGUUAAGCCGAAGGAGAAGAGGUCGUGUCGACACCAACCUCAAUGUUUCAUGAUACCUAAAUGUCUAACGCAGGCUAUAAGUGGUAAUUACAUUCUUUAUGGAGCCGUACCAGACUGUGUUCAUCAGCCAUGCUGUGAAAUGAUACCAGCAUGUUGCAGGAAGUCAGCCAAAGAAAUGGAUACCGCUAAAGAUUCGUUCGUCGGCUCCAUCGUAUUUUGAAUAGUGUUCAUUGACCGUGGGCGUUUUCAAGUACCAAAGUGUGAAUUUGGACAAUUUGCAAGUUGCACCUAAUGGCCGACUAGACAAUAAAACCUCAGACCAACAA